GAAAGCAAUUUGCACCAUACGUACAACUACCUGAAAAGCACCGGACAGAUGCAAGCACUAAGCGCCCGUGACCUGAACAACACCCGCCGAUCCGAGGUGCCCAUCAUCUUCUUCAACCGUGUUCCGAAGGUGGGAAGUCAAACCUUCAUGGAACUGCUGCGUCGGCUGGCCAUUCGCAACGAUUACACCUUCCACCGGGAUGUGGUCCAGCGGCUGGAAGUGAUUCGCCUGACACCGGACCGCCAGCAGGAACUCGCCGAGAUGGUCACCGACCUACCGAUGCCGUCGGUCUACGUGAAGCACGUCUGCUACACCAAUUUCACCCGCUUCGGUUUGCCGAUGCCAAUCUAUGUGAACAUGGUUCGAGACCCCGUGGAACGUAUCAUCAGUUGGUACUAUUACGUGCGGGCUCCCUGGUACUUUGUCGAACGUAAACAGGCCUUCCCCGAUCUUCCGCUGCCCGAUCCACGUUGGUUGAAGAAAGAUUUUGAAACUUGCGUCCUGCAGGGUGAUCCGGAGUGUACCUAUGCACAGGGAGCCAUCCAUGAGGGUAUCGGAGAUCACCGCCGGCAAAGUUUAUUCUUCUGCGGUCAUGAAGAGCAAUGCCUACCUUUCAACAGCCCCGGUGCUUUGGAGCGUGCAAAAUAUGCCGUCGAAAGCCAGUACGCAGUCGUUGGUGUGCUGGAAGAUUUGAACACCACGCUGGCCGUGCUGGAACGCUACAUUCCAAGAUUCUUUUCCGGAGCAAGUUCGGUAUAUUUCAACGAAGUAAACCUACUACAGAAAAUCAACAAAAACAAUUUCAAGCCACCGGUCAGCGAGGAAAUCAAGGAAAUGGUUCGACGGAACUUUACCCGUGAAAUCGAGUUCUACCAAUUUUGCAAACAGCGGCUGUACAAGCAGUACCUUGCAACGCAGCUGCCGCACAAGUAA